AUGGAUCAAGAUAAUGCCCAUAUUUCACCUGACAUAAGCCAGAGGGGUUAUCUUCUACGCGCAAUGACAGAGGUCCAAUCUUGUAUAAGGCCAUCCGAUGUUGAUGCAAAUAACUUUGAAAUCAAGCCAGCCAUUCUUCCAAUGGUUCUGUCAACAGUCCAGUUUGGGGGACUUCCUUCGGAGGACCUAAACAUGCAUUUAGCUAACUUCAUGGAGCUUUGUGAGAAAUUUAAGAUGAAUGGAGUUAGUGACAAUACCAUUCACUUGAGAUUAUUCCCAUUCUCACUAAGGGAACGAGUCAAGACUAGUGAGGCAUUCAUGAGAAAAAGUGCCAACGAGGCAUACGAGCUUUUAGAAGAGAUGGCCAUGAAUAAAUCAGCAGUGGCCUAG